AUGUCCGAAGGAAACGAAGGAAGAAAGAGAUCAUUCGAUGAUGAUGCUGUCAUCGAUACAGUAGAUGAAGAAUCUCAAGGACCCGCCUCGAAAAAAUUCAGAAAAGAAACAAAUUCAUCUGCCCGCCGUUCAUUGUUUGUUCGUUCUUUGCCUGUAACAGCGACAAGCUCAGCAUUGACUGAAUUAUUUUCCGACAAUUAUCCCCUGAAGCAUGCCACUGUUGUACUCGAUCCAGUUACGAAACAAUCAAAAGGAUAUGGAUUCGUUACCUUUGCAGAUGCGGAAGACGCUCAGAGAGCUCUGGACGAAUUCAAUGGCCAAGCAUUUCAAGGUCGUAAAAUGAAGAUUGAGAUCGCUCAACCACGUUCCAGAGAUGCGGCCGCGACAAGUAAAGAUGAGGGAUCGAAUCCGAGGAAGAAGAGUGCAAUUGCUACUGAAGCCGCUGUUGUUAAAAAAGCUCGACAAGAAAAAAUGGCCGAAUCCAAAGCACCACCUAAACUUAUCAUUCGAAAUCUGCCAUGGAGCGUCAAGACUCCCGACGAAUUGGCCAAGCUCUUCAUGGGCUUCGGAAAGGUCAAGUAUUCUACGAUGCCCAAGGUUAAGGGAAAAGAAGCGGGGUUUGGAUUUAUCGUUAUGCGAGGCAAGAAGAAUGCGGAAAAAGCACUGGCCGCAGUCAACGGACUUGAGAUCGAUGGCAGACAAUUAGCUGUAGAUUGGGCCGUCGAGAAGGAUGUCUGGGAGAAGAAGAAAACUGAGGACGCAGGUAUAAUGGUUGCGGAUUUGCCCCAGGACGAACCCAAAGAGACGAAAAAUAAGGCGGAUGAGGACGAGGACGAUGUAGAUGAUGAUGUCGCCAAUUUCAUGAAGAAUUUUGGAGACCAAUUAGAAUCGGAGGAUGAGAGUGAGCCUACGGAUGAAGAGAAUGAAGAGAAUGAAGAGGACAUUGACGACGAAGAUGACGACGAUGACAGUGCUCUUUUCGACAAUAUGGAUGAAGUUGAGGAGGCUGAGGAGAAGAAGCCGAAAAAGACUUUCAUUACCGAUAAUUCCUCGACGGUUUUCGUUCGCAAUCUCCCAUUCACGGCUCUUGAUGCAACCCUCAAGGUACAUUUUGAACAAUUUGGCCCUGUUAGAUAUGCUCGAGUGGUUAUGGAUAAGGCAACCGAUCGUCCCAAGGGCACUGGUUUCGUAUGUUUCUAUAAUGUCGACGACGCCGAUUCUUGUUUCCGGAACUGUCCCAAGUAUCAACCUACGGGGGCCAACGCAAUGAAGAAGGGAGAGACUCCACAGAUCAAACACUCUCUCCUGGAACCCGAGAAUGCAGACUCAACAGGUUCUUAUACCAUUGAAGGACGUCUUCUCCAGAUAUCCAAGGCCGUCGAGAAGGAUCAAGCAGUGAAGCUCACCGAGGAGGGUUCACACUUCCGUGAUAACCGCGACAAGGACAAACGAAAGCUCUACCUUCUUCAAGAGGGUACUGUGGCUAAGGGCACUCCAUUAUACGACUCACUUCCACCCUCUGAGGUUAAAAUGCGCGAGGACAGCGCCAUGCAAAGAAAGAAACUUAUCCAAGGCAACCCUACUCUACAUCUUAGUCUCACACGUCUGGCGAUACGGAAUAUACCUCGUAAUGUAGACUCUAAAGCUCUCAAAGCUCUAGCUCGUGAGGCUGUCGUCGGGUUCGCUACGGAUGUCAAAGCUGGAAUACGUCAACAACUUUCAAAGGAAGAAGUAGCUCGAGGUGGCGAGGAGAUGCGCGAGGCCGAGAAGCAAAGAAAGAUUAAAGGAAAGGGUAUUGUUCGACAGGCAAAAGUUGUAUUUGAAGGUAGAGAAGGUAAGAAAGUCAGCGAGGAAAGCGGAGCUGGCAAAAGCAGAGGAUAUGGAUUUGUUGAAUACUCAAGUCACAGAUGGGCACUUAUGGGAUUGAGAAGGUUGAAUGGACAGGGACUCGACAAUUCACAGGGAAAGAAACAAAGAAUGAUAGUGGAAUUUGCCAUUGAAAAUGCACAAGUCGUCUCGAGGCGAAAAGAACAUGAAGAGAAAGCUCGCAAUCGUUCAAAAGAAGUCACCGACCAAAUGGCCAAAGGUGAAGUCGUCGGUGCCAAAAAGGUAGCAGGCAGAGAUUCACAAAUGAAGACAAUGAGGAAUGGUGGAAAGGGCAUCAAGGGUGCCGGAAAAGGCGUAGGAAAAGCUGCCGCAAAGGGUGCAGGAAAGGGAUUCGAGAAAGAAAAAAGCACCGACAAAGCUGCCUUCAAGGGUAAACGUAAAGCCGAAGACGACUCCUCCGAAUCAAAAGAUAGAAAGAAAUCAAAACUUUCAUCGAGCAAUGAAACAGCCGAUGGUGACGAGGAGGGAAAACAAAGAAAACAUGCACAAAUUAUUCAGAAGAAGAGAAUGAUGAGGAAGAAUAGAAAGGGCGGUGCUUAG